AUGCAGGCCCUGCUCCAGGUGCUGGGACACACAGUGAACAGAGCAGAGCCCCCCUCGGGCAGCUACGUCGUGGCAGGAAAACAGGUGCCAGGCAGCGAUGGUGACUAUGGAGACCGAGGCAGGCAGGGAGAGACGGAUGGCUGGAGUGGCGCAGAGCCCCGGCCCCAGCGCUGGGUGCGGCGACCUCCUUUCCCCCCCGGGUCCCUCGGCGAGACCUUGUACUCCCACCACCAGUCCCACGGGCGGUUCUGGAGCCUGCUGUCUGCAGCGUCGGCAGGUUGGGCCCCGGGGACCUGGAGGAUUCCGCUGCGCGCGGAGAGCUCCCCCUCAAUGCACCUGCACCGAGGCCGCGGGGCGCAUGCGCGGGCCGUGGAGGGCGGGGGCCGGCUGGAGGGGCCCUGCGGCUCGCCCUCCCCGGUCUCUGCGGAGAGCAGUGUGCGUGGCGGGCGGUGCAUCCGUGAGUUCCGCGCGGCCGAACAGGAGGCGGCGCGCCGCAUCUUCUACGACGGCAUCAUGGAGCGCAUCCCCAACACGGCCUUUCGCGGCCUGCGGCAGCAUCCGCGCACGCAGUUGCUCUACGCCCUGCUGGCGGCGCUCUGCUUUGCUGUGACCCGGUCGCUGCUCCUGACCUGCCUGGUGCCGGUCGGGCUGCUGGGCCUGCGCUACUACUACAGCCGCAGAGUGAUCCUCGCCUACCUCGAGUGUGCGCUGCACACAGACAUGGCCGACAUCGAGCAGUACUACAUGAAGCCGCCCGGCUCCUGCUUCUGGGUGGCUGUGCUGGACGGCAACGUGGUGGGCAUCGUGGCAGCGCGGGGCCACGAGGAGGACAACACCGUGGAGCUGCUUCGUAUGUCCGUGGACUCGCGCUUCCGUGGCAAGGGCAUCGCCAAGGCACUGGGCCGCAAGGUGCUGGAGUUCGCCCUGGUACACAACUACUCGGCGGUGGUGCUGGGCACGACGGCCGUCAAGGUGGCUGCCCACAAGCUCUACGAGUCACUGGGCUUCAGACAUAUGGGCGCGAGUGACCACUAUGUGCUGCCCGGCAUGACCCACUCGCUGGCCGAGCGCCUCUUCUUCCAGGUUCGCUACCACCGCUACCGCCUGCAGCUUCGCGAGGAGUGACUGCCUGCUGCCCGCCCGCCGUUCCCGGCCGCCCGCCCACCUGCCCUCCCCACAUCUGCCUGUCGCCUGCCUGCCGCCCGCCCACCCGCCGUCGGCGUGGCCUCGCUUCCAGACACUC